UGCCCUCCCGGGGGCCCGGCGGAGGGCAGUGACCCGCAAUCUCUGCGCGUCCUGGGUCCCCCGGAGAAACCGGAGAGCCCAAGGGAUGGCUGCUGAAAUGCAGAGGAAGAGCAGCAGCGAAGGCCCUGAUGGCACAUUGGCUCCUUCUGAUGGGCAGAGUGUGGAGAGAGCCGAGAGCCCCACACCGGGACUGGCCCAGGGGAUGGAGCCAGGUGCUGGGCAGGAGGGUGCCAUGUUCGUCCAUGCCCGUUCCUACGAGGACCUGACUGAAUCAGAGGAUGGGGCAGCUCCGGGGGAGAGUCCCACGGAGGGUGCUGGGGGUCCACCACCACUGCCUGCAGACAUGCGCCAGAUCAGCCAGGACUUCAGUGAGCUGAGCACCCAGCUGACAGGUGUGGCACGAGACCUCCAGGAAGAGAUGCUGCCAGGAAGCUCUGAGGACUGGGUGGAGCCCCCAGGGGCAUCUGGGAGACCAGCCACAGAGCCCCCCAGGGAGGGCACGGGCGAGGGGGAGGAGGAGGAGGCCGCUGAGGCCUGGCGACUACACCAGAAGCAUAUCUUUGUGCUGAGCGAGGCGGGGAAGCCUGUGUACUCCCGCUACGGGUCGGAGGAGGCGCUUUCCAGCACCAUGGGUGUCAUGGUGGCCCUGGUGUCCUUCCUGGAGGCUGACAAGAAUGCCAUUCGUUCCAUCCACGCAGACGGCUACAAGGUAGUAUUCGUGCGCCGGAGCCCACUGGUGCUGGUGGCAGUGGCCCGCACGCGGCAGUCGGCGCAGGAACUGACGCAGGAGCUGCUCUACAUCUACUACCAGAUCCUGAGCCUCCUCACAGGCGCGCAGCUGAGCCACAUCUUCCAGCAGAAGCAGAACUACGACCUGCGGCGCCUGCUCUCGGGCUCGGAGCGCAUCACCGCGCGCAGCCUGGUCUUCUCCAUCCUGCUGGCGCGCAACCAGCUGGUGGCGCUCGUGCGCCGCAAGGACCAGUUCCUGCACCCCAUCGACCUGCACCUGCUCUUCAACCUCAUCAGCUCCUCCUCGUCCUUCCGCGAAGGCGAGGCCUGGACACCCGUGUGCCUGCCCAAGUUCAACGCCGCCGGCUUCUUCCACGCGCACAUCUCUUACCUGGAGCCGGACACCGACCUGUGCCUGCUGCUCGUCUCCACCGACCGCGAGGACUUCUUUGCGGUCUCUGACUGCCGCCGCCGCUUUCAGGAGCGCCUGCGGAAGCGUGGGGCCCACGCGGCGCUGCGGGAGGCACUGCGCACACCCUACUACAGUGUUGCCCAAGUGGGCAUCCCCGACCUGCGCCAUUUCCUCUAUAAGUCAAAGAGCUCAGGACUCUUCACCAGCCCUGAGAUUGAGGCCCCGUACUCCAGUGAAGAGGAGCGAGAGCGGCUGCUGGGCCUCUACCAGUACCUGCACAGCCGAGCCCACAAUGCCUCCCGCCCGCUCAAGACCAUAUACUACACAGGCCCCAACGAGAACCUCCUGGCCUGGGUGACAGGUGGCUUUGAGCUCUACAUGUGCUACAGCCCUCUGGGGACCAAGGCGUCUGCCGUCGAUGCCAUCCAUAAGCUAAUGCGCUGGAUCCGCAAGGAAGAAGACCGCCUCUUUAUCCUGACGCCCCUCACAUACUGAUGUGAAUGUGUGUGGGCUCAGCCCUCCUAAUCCCACUGGGCCAUGGAAGCCACGGGAACCUGCAGGUGGGGCUGGCCCUCUCUCUUGCCCAGGCAGCAGGCAGGGACGGUGGGUUGGU